CAAGUGGGCGGAUAGUAGUUAAUGAUUUUGAGAGAGAACAAGGGUCUUGGUGAAAAAACAAAUAUAUGGGAGCAAAGUUGUAAGAUUAGAGAGCAGUGAGGCCAGAGAGCAGUUUGGGUGGUAGCACUUCUCUAAAGGGACAGAGACUCUAACAAACAUGAUCCAUAGGAUAUGGCAUUAUUUUCUUUAUUUGUAUGGACUCUUCUUGGACUCUCUCUCAGUCUGUGAUAGUAACAACCGUCUCUCCACAUCAGGCAUCAAUAAGACACAGUAUUUGGGACAAUGGUACUUCGUUGCUGCUGCUGCCACGCCAGGUACAAGGGCUCUAGAAACCUUCACUGCAAUGGAUAAUGCAGAAUUUAGUGUUCGGCAAUGCAGAGAGGAACAGAAUCUUGACUUCAGAGCUGCCAUCAGAGUAAAGGACGGAUCAUGUGUUCCUAGAAAAUGGAUUUAUCUGCUGCCUGAGGGAAGCACAGAACUAAGGACAGAAGGGCACCCAGACAGACUAACUCAGUUAUUUCCUUUUCGCUGCCCACACUGUAUUAUUCUGAAGGAAACAGACAACAGCUACGCCAGACUUCUCCUCUACUCUCGGUUGCCUCAGUUAGAGGAAGAGUUUAUGGAAGAGUUUAAGAAUAAAUCCAAUUGUGAAGGCUAUACAGAUAUUCUGAAGAUUCCACAGCAGCAAGAUUACUGCCAAAUUGAAGAUUAAGAUCCCAACAUAAGUGUUGCCAUCACCAAUAAAUAUGAAGAAAAGUUACAAUGAAGUGAAAUAAACAAUUUUAUAUCAAUAAUCGUUUGUCAGCAACUCUAUAUUCCCCUAUGCUGAUACCUGUAAUAGAAAAUAAAAAGAAAAAAACAGAA